AUGGCCCGAACAAAGAAACCUCAAAAGCUUGACAAGGCUUUCCUCCCACGACCUCCCUUAGAAGCCUUACGAGCAGAGAAAGGAGUUCUCAAACCAGAUGUCUUCGAUGAUGUCCAACUGGGCUCAUAUGUCUCGAAAACAGACGCGAAAAUCGCCUAUCAAGCAUGGUCUCUCCCAGACAGAGCCCUUGGAAAAGCAUGGCAUAGACACAAGAACCGACCAUACACCCAACCGGAAACAGAUGAUCCCGAGGCUCACAUACUAGUGCACAAUGUAUACGAGCACUUGAUGAGCGAACCACUUCUCCCCAUCUCACGCGAGGAUGCGGAAAUCAAGUUCAAAGCCGACGGGCUAGAGAAGGACUGGGAAGUGUCCGGUAUAAUCGGACAGCUCAGAGGAGAUAUUAUCAAAGAAAGUGUGCUCAGUAAUCUGAAAUCUUGGGGCUCGGAUGCGAUCAAAGAGUUCUUGGUCGAGCGAGAUGUUGUAUCGAGCAACGGGGAGAGACAACAUCUCGAGAAACUGGCAGAGAGGACCGAACUGCUGACAUAUUGCGGGAUCACGCCUCGGAGCAAUCUCAAGAAAUGGGGCUUAAAAAUGAACAUCAGGCCUCUAGUGGGAUCCCCCGAAGGAGGAGUUGAUAGCAAACAUGUCAUUCAACCAUUUGAAAAUGACUUUAUGAGUACGCUCGAUAUGUAUACAUUUGCCAUUCACCUCAGUCCCUAUAACCCCACCUAUUGGACCAGUCGCGCAUACUGCCAUUACCAGCUGGCAUACUUUGACUUGGCUUUGGGCGACGCAUACCGUGCAAAAAUACUCUGUGACGUCCUGACCAACGGGGACGAAAGUGGUCGACGGCCAGGUCUGUACCCCCGAAUCUGGCAUGCGAUAGAACAACAUCUGCUCGUCGAACCCCAGAAGGAAGGAACGCUCAAACCUGAGAUCCGACGCUUGCGAGAAAGAGGCUGCACAUAUUUCAUUAGUGGUCUCGCCAAAGCCCUGGAACAUAUAACUACACUGAGUUUACUGGCCUUGAACUGCUGGCAUGACCUGGACAAGCGGUAUAAUUCCUUCGGUUCGAAUAUGAUUAUGGUGCAGGAUCGUGACUCACUGGUUCCCCAGCAGCUGAGAGGACUUAUCGCGCCUAUAGAGAAGAUUCGGACAGAAGAAAACAAAGACAACAAGACGUUGUUCUGGCAUGAACGUUUCCAGGGCUAUAUCUCGACUAAACGACGAUAUCCACACGAUAUGUAUGUUGAUCGGAAAGCACAGAAAUUCCUCGAUACUAUCAAUUUGAACGUUUUCCAACGGGAUGGCAAGCACUGGAAUUCAUGCCGGGUUGAAGGAAAAAAAGACAAUUCGCUCGGGGUCUUUGCAGCAGUAAAUAUAAUGAAAGGGGAGAUGAUUCACUUCGAAGAACCGACUAUCCGCGGCCACCUUGGACCUAAGCGAAUGGCCAGAGAUAAAACAGCCGUGCAAGAUGAGAUAAGAUGUGAGAAUUGCAUGCAAACGAUUUCAGUUUUUGGCUCAGCAACUCGAUCCCAAGCCUCUACUGAAACCAGAUUUGAACGCUGUGCUUGUUGCCCAGCGGGCACUGCCCCUGGUCCUGAUGACCGGGUCUUCUGUAAAGAGCAAGCUAAAGCCAAAGCCAAAGGGACAUUUGCGUCUCAAAGUUGUCGAGAAAUCGCGCGCAAACUACAUCAUUUCAGUAGCUGUGGUAAAGACUGGUCAUGGCUUUACAACAGCAUGAGACCUGUUCUCAGGGAGUGGCAAGACAGGGAGUAUAUCAUCCAAUGCAAUGAUGUUUACGGCACGAUGCACAGUCUUUUGCUACGGAAUAUAUUCGAAAUAACGCUCCAACGCCGCAAGAAAGAUCCUAAUCUAUCCCCGCUGGAGAUCAACGAGCUUCUUAUCCUCAACACGAACAAUGGAGAUUGGUAUCCGUUCUCCUAUGUUGGCAAUAUCACCGUUCCGUUCGAUAUCUUGACGUACUUGGGAGUCGAUAUCUUCCGAGAUCUCUCAUUCGACACUUGGGUUAUUCAAAGUAUCAUGAGGAGACUGGUAGACCAUGCUAUACCCUGGGAUGAGCAACGUCGAGGUGACGAGCCUAGACCGGAACUAUUACCCGGUGAUAGUUACAAGUCUCCCGAGCACCCGGAUACACAAGACGAGAAAGUUCAACAAAAGAUUUCAUUCAAACUACAUGACCCGUCGUUCAUGAAUCUAUAUCUCUUUCCAGGAUUCAGUCUCUUCAAAAGGGACAAAACGUACAACGCCAACUGGGGAUAUGAUGACAAAGUACCCAAUCGAUUGGUAGUAUGGGCAGAAAAUGAUAUCAAAAAGGGAGAAGAGAUCAUCAUCCGGGAUCCGUAUUGCAGUGAUCGCCCCACCGGCGGCAAAGGCACAGAACCAGAAAAGAUGUCAGUUAAAAGAAAACGAGACGAAUACGCUGAAGUAGACGAUUUCCGCGUCUCAAUAUAUCGAAAUACCGAUAUGAACCCUCCACCAGGAACACAGCGUCGCAAGGCACGUAAGCAUGGAUUUCGACCACAUGUUGAUAAACGACAUCAGCAGUGGCUUGAGCAUCUCGAGGAGAUGGACGAAAAGGCUGAUGAAAAUGAAACUUCUGCGGAGAAGAAGGCUAGAGUUAAGAGGCUCAAGAAGGUGCAUUUGGUUGCUUAUAGGAAGGAGCAGAGGGAGACUAUUGACGAGUUGGAUAGGAGGGCUGGACGGCCGAGGAGGAAGAGGGAUGCUGCUUUUGAGUAG